AUGGCCCAACAAUUUAACUUUCUCCUCCUCUCAUGUCUCUCAGUCAUUGUUGUUGUUCCUUCUUUCUUUCAUGUCUCCUCCGCAAAGAGUGGCUUGAGACAUAAUAUUCUUGAUAGUGAGCAGCCCAUAAAAAAUCCAAAUGACCCUACAGUUGUGGGAAUCGCAACAUUUGCUGUGAAUGAGCACAAUAAGGAGUCUAAAAGCAACUUUCAACUUGUAAGAGUGAUGGCAGGAGGAACUGAUGUAAUUCCUGACGGAACUGUUUAUCAACUGGAAAUCAGUGCUAGUGAAUCAAAUGUUAUCACAACCCGUCUUGUGGCUGUUUUGGUGCAUCCAAACAAUGUUAAAGAACUUCUUUCCUUUGAAUGA